AUGCCCUGUAUAAACAUCAGCCAUGCUAGCAGCAAAUAAUGAUGAAAUGUUUUGACCCAUAUUGCAAAAUAAAAUGAUUAUUUAACAACAACAACAACAAAAUUUACACAAUAACAACCACAACAACAAUAAAAACAAAACAACCAAGAAAAACUCAAGAAUUUGUGAAUUACUUAAUUGGUAUUGCAUUCACAGAGAAUUGCUCUCGUCGUCCCUCGGCGGACACACCGGCCAACAAAAAAAAAAAAACAAACAAAACCAAUCAAAAUGUUUACAUUUCAAAAAUGCAACACCAAGUGCAAGAUGGAGAAGCGAUUUUCAAGCACUGCCAUUUCGUAUAACUUUACCUGAGUACGAAUUUAUGCCAAGAAAGGAAGAGAAAAACAAAAUUGAAAUUAAAAUAAAAAUAAAAAGUGAAAUAAAUUAAACAACAAAACGCAUACACACAAGUGUUUCGCAAGUGUCUUUGUGUCAGUGUGUGUGUGUGUGAAAAGUUAAAUGGUUGCAGCCAAAAACCAAUGUUAUAUGCCAAAAUUUAAAGAGAAAUCGCCCAAGUAGAAAUAUCAAAAGAACAACGUCAAUUUUUAACGCAAGACAACGACAACAAAAAGUGUUUACAAUAACAAAAAGAAAGAACAAAAGAAAUGCAAUUGAAUGAAAGCUGGUCGAACUGAUUAUAAUGUCUUCAUAUCGUAGUAAUUAUACUCCAUUUAAAUCGUCCCUACCCUCCAGCUACAAAUCCUCCGCAACAUCUUCUUCUUCGUAUUCAUCACGUGAUGACAUUGGAAGCUCUACAUCACGCUAUACAUCCUCUACCCUUACAUCCCCAACCGCCUAUCGUCCUUCUUUUUCGGGGGGAACUUAUCGCCUGAAGCGUGAUACCCCCCAUACAUCUGCUGCCAGCUCAUACGUCAGUCGUUAUACACCCUCUGCGAGCUCGGUCACAUCUUCCACGACUUUGGCGAGGGCCGAUAGUUCCACGUCCGAUAUGAAGUCGAUGAGCCAACUGAAGCGUUAUGGUUCAACAUCCAGUAGCAUUGGCAAAUACUCAAGAGAACCCAGCCCAGCAGCAUUGGAGCAUACCAAUCGCAUGAGAUCGCGAGAUCCAAGUCCAGGUAUACGAUCUUUGAGGGCCCAGUCACGUGAUCCCAGCCCUGGCAUGGAGAGCAAAUACAAAUAUGGCAGCUCCUAUCGCAUGAAUGUGCCAAAAACAACUACAACUGCCUCAACGCCUUCAACGACGUCGUCAUACGGCAGUCGUUAUGCGGCUACCCGAACCCCAUCCUCCACAUCCAUAGCUGAGAAGACCAGUACCACUACGCGAACUGCAUCGUCAACAUCACUGGCUGAGAAAAACAAGAUCUACGGCACUUCUAGUACCACCAGAACUCCCUCCGCUGCAUCAUUGGCGGAGAAAUCUUUGUCAUAUGGCAACUCUAGUACAAGGAGAACACCAUCGUCCACUUCCUUGGCAGACAAAUCCAUGACUUACGGAACAAGACAAACACCAGCCUCUUCAUCAAAUAUCAGCUAUGGCUAUAGCAGUCGAUCUUCUGCUUCUGCUCUAAGGCAAACCGAAGAAAAACCUUUAGCAUCAGAAGGCAGGCCGCGGAACUCCUCAAAUCAAUCUCCCACAUCUUACAGAGAUUAUCAAAUAAUGGAACAUCCAAUACCUCAACCUCAAAUUCAACUCCCAGAAAAACAUGAAUCUCCAAAACCAUCCAGCAUUGCAAUAAAAACAAACGAGGUCUCUCAACCGGAAGAGAAGGAGGAAGAUGAAGAUUCUGAGACCACAGAGGAAUCGGAUACAUCGGAAGAUGGUGAACCUGAAGCCACCCAUCCACCAAAAGAACCAUUUUUAACCAUCACAGUAUGUACCCGUGGUACAUCUCCCAAUCCUCCGGGCAGCCAAUGUACCAGUCGUUCCACGCAUAGUUUGGCCAUAACCAUUGAAAAAACCAUUAUUCGCUCAUCUUCAAAAAGGAAAAUGCUGGAAAAGGAAAUGCAAUCUGAAGAUAAUACCAAAGUUAGCCGUUAUGCCUAUGGCAGUCGUCUGUCGCCAUUUAGUUCGGCAGGAGAACGACGCUCACCCUCCAAUCUGCGUUACAGCAGUAGCAGUCCCAUUUCGACCACCUCAAAAUCAAAUUCUCUCUCGGCAAAUGAUAGCCGAAGAGAGGACUCGACCACCUCAAGUAGUAGUCCCUGCAGAACAACCAAAACUGCCACAACAACAGUAACAACAAAAUCAAAACUUUCUCCCCCUCGAGUGGGAAGGCUCAAGUCACGACAAUCGUCAGUGGAAAGUCUUAGUCCCAAAAAACCACCCAUGGGACCCAAAGCAGAAUCCCCCUUUAAAUCACCCUCACCCAGUUCGUUGAGUCCAGGCCCUUCAAGGUUGCCCAAUAAAGAUUUCCGCAAAUCUUCCCUGAAUGUUGGACCCACUGAUCGGACACGCAAAUCACGCACCCCCAGUACCGGAACUGAUUCCGAUUUUAAUACCAUAGAUGCCCUCAAUGGAGCUCUACAGGCCAUACAGCGAUUGGAACGAUCACCCAGUGCCUGUUCUGAGAUUAGCAUUGCCUCCAAUCGCUCGGCAAGAACACGUAACCUGGCGAGUGAUAGUAAAUUGAGGCCUCGCUGUCUCAGUAAACCCUUGGGCAGUCGAACCCCACCCUCGCCGCUAAGCCGACAAAAUAGUAACACCAGUAUUAAGCCGGCAAAAUCUCCAUUACCGGCAUCUCCGCUGGCAAUGCGUUCCAAUAAAAUCCUCCUCACCGCUGCCACAUCAUCUUCCAGUGGCACUGAAAGUUCAGCGCCCGAAGUUAAAAAGCCACACAAGAAAAUUGUCAAAAAGAAGGUUGUGAAGGAUGCAGUGGCACCAGCCAAAGGAAGGAGCACCACGACCACCACAACCCUUAGCAGCAGUGCAAACAAUUCCGACAAUCAAAGUUCGGCUGCUACGUCAUCAGUCAGCAAACGUUCAUUGCCACAGCCAAAAGCAAUUGGCACGCCAACUAUGUCUGAGAAGAAAACUGAAUCAUCUCCGCUAAAGAAAUCCGCCUCCACCUCAUCGCGCACCGACAAAGACCCACUACGACGUUUGAAAAAACUGUCUUCUGUUUCGAACUUUUUCGUUGCCCAACAGAAAAAUGCCAAUAGCGACGAUCAAAUAUACCUUGAGAGUACCGAGACCUCAGGUGGUGGGGGUAGUGGUAGCGGUGGUGGGGGAACGUCUACCGAUUUAGAUGUGGGUUCAUCGAAAUCCUCAAAAAAGAGCAUUAGUUUAUUACGAGCGAACGAAACGAAAACAUCGAAAUCCCCAAUACCAGCGACAUCGACGAACGAUAGCGCGAGCACAAGUGCCAGUAAUCGUAACAGUCCCGCAGUUCAAUAUACUAGAGAAAAUUCGGCAAGUGAACAACGGUCCACGCACAUUUCAAAAUCAUCCGCAACAAAAUCUUCCGCGUCCGCGACUUCGAAAUCCAAAACAAAAUCGAAAUCCUCCACGGCAGCUGCAUCCAGUGGCAAGGGUACUUCCACAAAAAAACCACAAGCAACAAAAAUGCCCACCGAACAGCAAUCGGAUUCAUGUGCGGUCACAACAACCGGUACCACCUCCACGGGAGGUACGGAUUCAGAGGAGCCCAGUUGGUGGCAGGAUACAAGUCAGCAAAUCGACACCUCUUCGGCCUUGGACUGUAGUUUCAAAGAUGAAAUGCGUUUCAAGGUCAGACAUGUUGACUCCGACGAGGCAGCCUGGUGGUUGCGUAACGAUGAUGAAACCACCAUGGCCGAUGAUUUGGACAAGGAUGAUGAAGAAAAUGCCACAGCCACCGAUGUGUAUAAUGGACAGGGCACCGGGUCCCAUGAACCUGGCUGGUGGGAGACGACAGACGACACCAACGAUCCGAAUGCGAACGAAUAUCAAAACGACAAAAAUAUCUCAUUUAGUGAUUUAGAUUACAAAACGAAGCAGCCAUACUACCAUGACCAGCAGGAAAUAACCGAUAGUGAAACCCGACCAUUUCCACGCAGUCGCCUAACCCCUGAGACGGACUGGUGGAAUGAUGAGGAUGACGAUGAUACAAAUGCCAAGGCAGAGGAGUUACCCAAAGAUAAACUCCCAACACCACCACCCGUCUCAUCGGCUAUACAAAAUGGAACCAUUCAGCUGAAAAUAUGUCGUGUGGAAUCCCAGGAGGCACCAUGGUGGCAGCAGGAGGAUGAGGAGCAGCAGGGUAAUGUCGAAACUUCACAGGAUGUACACAAACCCUCCGUAGAAGCGGAAACUUCCUCGGCUACCACCAGUAGCAGUAGUAGUAUGAGUACCGAACCCAAAAAAUGGUGGAUGACAGGACCGACCAAGAAGCUUUUCAACAUUCCUCGAGUAGAAUCGGGCGAGAAGGCUUGGUGGCAAAAUGAAAAUUCAGACAAAGAGAGUCAACAUAGUAAACAGUCUCAGAAACGGGAACCAGUUGGGAAAACGGAAAUGGCACCACAGAAUUCCACCAUUAAAAAACUUUUCAAUCUUCCGCGAGUGGAGUCGGGCGAGAAGGCAUGGUGGUUAGAAGAGAGCUCAGAGGGAAGAGAUCAGCGCAGUAAUUCUCAAGAUGUAGUACAAAAUAAUUCCGACAAAUCUGACCAAGAAAGACAUAAUUUACCCUCGGUAUCACCUCCCCAAAAUGCCAACAUCAAAAAACUAUUCAACAUACCACGAGUGGAAUCUGGCGAAAAAGCAUGGUGGUUAGAAGAAAGUCCCGAAAAAGACAAGAAACGCAGUAGCUCUCAAGACUCCGAAUGUUUGAGAGAAAACCCAAGCCCCGCUAAACAGGAGUUGCAACGACAAAAAAGUCCAAAGAAAAAAUUAUUUAAUUUAUCCAGAUUAGAUUCGGAUCAAGAAGAGGAACACUGUUGGCAACAAGAUUCCCAGGAGAGAGGAAAAACUCGCAGCAGAUCUCGGGAAUUGGAAGAGGAAGCAAGAAAUCGCAGCAGACCCGAUCAAAGACAGCCGGGUACACCAACAAAAGAACAAGGGCAUAUCUGGUCACCCGGCAGAAGAACGAGUCAAAGUCCCAUAAAACAAGGAUUUUCCCAUGUCGAGGAGGAGCAGUCUAACGAAACUGAAGCUGAACCAGUUUGGCCACAGGUUGGCAGCUACACUGAAGGUCCCACGAAAAGAAUCUUCUCCCAACAACAAUCGCUGGAAGAACAAAAAGAACGUUGGCUUCAAGAACGCAAUAGGCAAUAUCAACAACAGGCUAGCGAGGAUAUUUUCCAAAUUACCGCUGCUGGAAUAGCAGACCCUAAUUACCCACAUUCAUAUGAACUAAACACCGAUGAUGACAAUGACCCACAUGAUGAGCAGCCAACAUUCUUGCCCCCGAAUCGUGCUGACUCACAGACCGAACUGAGUAAUUCAUUUAAUUUCGAAUAUUCAGAGCGGCCACCACCUUUGGGUCAAUGUGCCAGCCCGGUACACGAUGAAGGAGAACCCAUCGAGCAAAACAAUGAACCGUAUUGCUCAUCCCCCUACGAUAACAUUCCAAUGACAAAAGUUCAACAAACACCACCCCAACCAACCACGGCAAACAAUACGACAGUGGAUGCAAUGAAUCUAAUGCCAAUUUCAGGUGCCACUGAUGUUCUCGCUGCUGACCCACAAUUGACGACUAUUACACCUGAAAGUAAUCUAAACAAUGCUCAGCCAGAACAACAACAUCUACAAUCAUCAACAAUGCCCCAGUCCCAACAAUACCACCACCAACAGCCGACGCAUCAGAGACAAACACCACCUAGCCAUGACUACAACCAGCACCACCGCUACAACCAAAAUGAUUUGCGUUCAAAGAAUGACAAAGUUUUCAUUUCCCGCCACCAAAACAUUGAUGAGCUUUUGAGUGGUGCAUGUCGCGCAUUAAGCCCCAUUUAUUUCGACAACGAUGAAAGCUUUCAAACAAUGCCCCCACAACGCAACAUGUUUCUGGAGGAGAUAACACCGGAUCAAGUGCGCAUUCACGAUAGCAGGGCACAGGUGUCGUACAUUCAACGCAUGGAUGGCAGAGACGAUUGGCAGCCAGCUUCAAAAACUCCUCCACGAUUAGAACAACAAGCGAUCGAUGAUGCCGCCCUACAAGUCUACAAAGAUGGUGAUUUUGGAGCUUAUUUGGAUCUGGAGUCAUCAUUGGCCGAACAGGCUGAAGAAAUUGAAGGUCUUAAUUCUAGUCGCAAAAAUUCAUUGGUCGUACGCACCCAGUUGAGCGUUCGAGUACAUGCGAUUAUUGAGAAACUUUUAUCUGCCGAAGGAAGUGAUCUGCGACGUGCCUUGUUUUCCUUGAAACAAGUCUUUCAAGAGGAUAAGGAUCUCGUGCAUGCCUUUGUGGCAUUAGGUGGACUCAACUGUUUGGUGCGUGUCGGUAAUGGUGCCGAUCAAAACUAUCAAAAUUAUAUAUUGCGUGCAUUGGGUCAGGUUAUGCUCUACGUGGACGGCAUGAAUGGUGUUAUGAAACACGAACCCACAAUGCAGUGGCUAUAUUCAUUAAUCGCAUCCAAUUAUCGUUCCGUGGUUAAGACUGCACUGAAAUUAUUGUUGGUAUUCGUCGAAUAUGCCGAAUCCAAUUGCCAUGUAUUGGUCAGUGCCAUACACAGCGUGGACAAGCAGCAAGGCACACUGCCAUGGUCAAAUAUUAUGAGACUUUUAAAAGACUAUGAUAACGCCGAUGCCGAAUUGGUUAUAUAUGCUGCCUCCCUCAUUAACAAGACCUUAGGCGGUUUAAGUGAUCAGGAUAGCUUUUAUGAUGAAAGUGAUUUAUUGGAACAGCAAGGCAUGGAAUCUGUGAUACAACAUUAUCUGUCCAAACCGGGGACAGAUAUUGAUUUGAUAAAUCAAUUGCAACUCUAUGAGGCAGUACUGAAAUUUGAAGAUGGUGAAUCGGAUGGCUUACGUUUACCCGAUAACACAUUGCGCAAAACACAACGUUUUCGCAGUUCCACCGAUACCGCUGAACGUCGCAAAUCACGGCGUCACAGUACGGGUACAAGUCCGGGUAAUAUUAAUAAAGUUCUGCCCACAAAUUCCCGCUUAACCCCACCACAAACGAUUUUGGACGAGGAUAGUUCGAGUUCAACAAAUUCAGCGGAGUAUGCUAAUGGUGUUUUUGUGGAUAAACAACAUCGGGAUGCUGCUGGUGUAACACCUGGCUUGAGAAGAAGACGUGAGCGCGCCGAACGACACAGAAGUUUCUUGAAGGAGCAACAAGAGGCUGCUGCAGCAGCUGUUGCUGCCGCCACCGCAGCAAAUGGUUAUCUAAAUGGUCUGGAAAAACGUGAGGAACUGGGCCAAUUGGUGACAGCCAUACCGGCCACAGUUAAAAGUGGCGAUAGUCCACCAGAGUCAUUGACCAUUAUACCGGAGAGCAAUGGCAGCCAAUAUCAACAGCAUCAGCCAGUUAUCGACAGCAAUGGCAGCAAUCAAAUACAUGCAUAUAAUAGUCAUAGUAAAACUAAUGCAACUGCUAACUCCCCUAACAAUGCUCUGCUCAUCAAUACCUCCUCCCUGAAUGCCACGAAUUAUCCCAACAACACCACAACCACCAGCCUGAAUGGGGCCGGUAACAGCCAGCAACAUCACAUCAAUUUGUUGAGUCCCACCAAACAACUGUUGGGCACCAACACCAUUUCCAUUAUCAACACCUCCUUUGAGAAGGCCAACACAAAUAAGUUACAACAACACAAUGUCAAUGCCAACAACAAAAAGAACAUAUUCAUGGAACGUAAUGCCAUCAACGGUAUGAUGAAGAACAUCCAACGCAGUAAUAGUAGCAACGGCAGUGGCAGUGGCAAUCUGGAGUCAAGUGAAAACUAUCAGCCAAAUGGAGGCGAGAACAAUUUGCUGAACUAUAAGAAAUUUGAGAAUAACACCAAUCGGCUGAACUCCUAUUACACUCAAAUCAAUAACAGCUCCUCAACACCAAAGAAUGAAAGUCCCAAUAAAUUACAUCUCCAGCCACAUCACACAAACCACCACAGUCAACAGUCGUCCGCUAUGUCUCCCUCAGUCACUACACCAACGACACCAAAUACCACCCUACAUAUUCCCACCACCCCGCAAAAGAGUACAGCAGGUCAUUGUUUGUCUGCUGUUCUAAGUCCAAAGAAAGCCCUAAGUUGUACAAGCCCUACAUCUGCUGGUUUUGAUUUUACACCUAAAACGUCUACACCCAUAGCGCCUGCUGCUGCUGCUGCAACGACGGCUGCUAAACAGUUAUUUGACGACGUGGUGGUGCCUUCCUCGCCUUUUACACCUGCUUACACUAACUCCGCAACAUCCAGCGGCCCUACCUCUGCUUCCACAACGGCUCUAACGAGUCCGCAAACAUCACCGGGAGACUAUCCACCAACAUCGAUUGCUUACAAUACCAUAUCUAAUACAUCAGUGGUGCCGCCACCACCACCUCCACCGCCUCCACCACCAGAUUUAUUGGGAUUUUUACAUAUGCGUCCCAUGAACUUUUACAAUCAGACAUCCGCCAGUACAACAACAACAACCACUAAUAACUAUUCAAACAAUAACAAUAAUAACAAUAACAUUGCUACCGAUGCCGUUGAUUUCCUCAAAAUAAAUGAAUCUGACAGCGAGGACAAAAAACGUUUGCCACAGCUGAAACGGGAUCACACUGUUAAAGAUUUAACCCAAAAACUCAGUAAUUUACCCACAAGUCCCACACAUGAAGAUAAAUUACAGAAUCGUAUUGUCGGCGAUAUGUCGGGUUUAAUAUCGAAAGCCAAAGAGGGUUUGGCCAAGAGCAAAAGCAAAGGUGAAGUGUCAAGAGCUUCCAGUGUCGAUCAGGAGAUCAAGAAACCUGAACCGAAAAAAUCCGAAAAUGAAUUACAAUGGGAGGAACUGGUGCGCAAUAUGGUGCGACCAUUACAACUCUGUGAUCUCGACUUUACUGACCUCAAUUCCGACGAUGAUAAAGAUAUUCUGGCACCCCGCGGUCCCGGACGUGGUGUACCGCCACCACCACCACCCAUGGGUGGUGUGGCUUUGCCACCUCCAAUGCUACCCCAACACAUAGUACUGCCACCGCCAAUGAUGACUCAGUCAAAUACCAGCAAUGGCAGUGGCAUUAUACCACCGCCCAUGUUAAGCAACAGUGGUUAUGCCAAUUCCAGUCUAACCAAUAGCCUAAAUAGUUCCCUAAACGGUUCCAUUAACGGUGACACCAUUAAGAAGAGCAAAAAGACGGUUAAACUUUUUUGGAAAGAGGUGCGUGAGGAUCUAAUACCUGUGGCGGUGGGCAAAACAAUCUGGGAUGAAUUACCACCGGCAACAGUGGAUACCCAAAAAUUGGAACACUUAUUCGAGUCAAGAGCCAAAGAUUUAAUGACCAAGAAACAACAAGAAAUGAACAAAAGCAAAGAAGUUAUUGUUCUCGAUCACAAGCGAUCGAAUGCCAUUAAUAUCGCCAUGACCAAAUUACCGCCACCGCGUGCUAUUAAAGCGGCCAUUUUGAAAAUGGAUGCCACAGUUGUUACCCGUGAGGGCAUUGACAAGCUAUUGAAUAUGUUGCCAACCGAUGAGGAGAAGGGCAAAAUACAAGAAGCACAGAUGGCAAAUCCCGAAUUACCCCUGGGUAGUGCCGAACAAUUUCUCCUGACAUUGGCUUCUAUUUCCGAAUUACCGGCUAGACUAAGAUUAUGGGCAUUCCGUUUAGAUUUUGAUAAUAGUGAGAGAGAAAUUGCUGAGCCUUUGAUGGACUUGAAGCAUGGCAUAGAAAUAUUAAGAAGUAAUCGUACAUUUAAAUGUAUUCUAUCCACACUGUUAUCGGUGGGCAUAUUUUUGAAUGGUGCUCCUGUCAAAGGUUUCCAAAUCGAGUAUUUAGCCAAGGUCCCCGAGGUAAAAGAUACCGUUCACAAACAUUCGUUGCUACAUCACCUGUGUCACAUUGUCAUGGAAUCGGGUAUGGAAACAACAGAUUUAUAUUCGGAAAUUGGUCCCAUUACCCGUGCCUCAAAGGCCGAUUUCAAUGAGCUGGCCUAUAAUCUUGCCCAACUGGAACAUGAGUGCAAAGCAUCAUGGGAUCGCUUGAAAUUAAUGUGUAAACACGACUGUCCACCCCAGCUUCAACAGAAACUGGUUGACUUUUUGGCCGACUGUGCAGAGAGAAUAAUUAUUUUGCAAAUUGUUCAUCGCAGAGUUAUGAAUCGUUACCGCAAAUUCCUUUUGUGGCUGGGGGUACCCCAACACAGUGUUGCCGAUUCCAGACCCAAUGAAUUCUGUAGAAUUCUUUCCGAAUUCGCUUUGGAAUAUCGUACCACACGUGAACGUGUCCAACAACAAAUCGAAAAGAAAGCCAAUCACCGCGAACGCAACAAGACCAGAGGCAAACUCAUUGUUGACAUAGCCAAAUUUAAAACCAAAGAAGAUAAACAAGAUGCCGAGUUGAAGGAACUUCUGGGUACACCAAGUUCUGAUAAUGCCGAUGGAACGCUAACAUGGCGUCGUCGUCGUGCCGAAAAUCUACGCUCCCCCCAAAUGCGCCAAAGUGAAGAGAAUUUCACCGAUGGCGACGAUGAGAUAUUAGAGUCGCUAGUAAAGACUGCCACCAAAGCUCCUGGCAAUAGAACUACGCCAAGAGAACGUAAACGUACACGUCACGCUGAUAGAAAAUCAUUGAAGCGUUCACGUACCCGCGAAGGAUUUACAGUUGAAAGACUUACAACGGCAUAGUUUUUACGUUGCUCCAUCACCAGCCAUUUUUUAGUUUUGGUUUUAAUGUGCGUCGUACUCUCAAAAACGGUUUAACCGAAGAAGAGAAACUACAAGUUGCAGCUUUAAUAAAGACUUACUAAAGGUAGCCCUAGGUCGGCUGAGCGACAGCUUGUCUCUAGAUGCUGAAAUUGACAUAAAUAAUUUCCUACAAAGUAGACUGAAUACGGAAUCAUGGACAACCAUUAUCACAUCUUUCUCAAAAAAUAAAACGAAUUUCUAUAAAAGACGAUCUCAAGAACGAAAGUACUUGUAUUUGCAAAAUAUGAUGGGGUGCGGAAUGACCGAAUGAAUAUAAAACAAAAAGUACAUGUGGCAUUGCAAAAACACGAGAAUCCAGUAAAACAAAGCAUAUAGCGAUUAUAACUGCGGGUAUUUUUCUUUUAUUGUAACUUCAAAUGAACCAGAAACGAACGACUUACCACAAUAUCAUAAUUUCAAUGUAAUAUACCUAUAGAUAUAGAGUACAUCGCAAGGAUGUACCAAUUAGAAAUAUUUAAUAUUAUUUCUUCUCCUCUAAUGUAAUUGAGACUGUGGAAAUACUGAUUGAUCUAUGUAAGGUGGCUUAUUCUUCUUUCUACGUUUUAUGCAGACCAAUCAAUAUUUUUGUUUCUUCAAUUUAACAAAACCCAACAAAAAAAAAAAAAAAACAA